GUUGUAGUCGACUAUUGGGGAGUCACUACGUCUUGCCGGAAUAUUUUCAGUGUUCGAAGUCCUUUCAGAUUUUUUUGCUAUUCUCUUGUUGCUUUCUGAUAACACUUGUCUGUGAAAGUGCCGACUAUUCAUAGUGUUGUCGCUAGACACAGUUUUGUUAAUCUAUCGAACUUACUCUGAGGUAUGGAGUGGGAAGGGCCGGGCAAGCAAGGCUUGUACGACCCUCAGAACGAGCACGAGGCCUGCGGAGUUGGUUUUGUUGUUGCUAUCGACGGGAAACGUACUCAUAAAAUCGUACGAGAUGCAGAGGUGCUGGCCAAGCGCAUGGAGCACCGAGGCGCGUGCGCGUGCGACAACGACACCGGCGACGGCGCAGGCGUGUUGACUGCCAUCCCGCACCAGUUCUAUUGCGCUCAAUUGAGGUGUUGUGCGAGAUAAUUGACACGACCAUAAAGUACAAAGCGAAAACAGCGGACUGAGCUUGAACUCCGUUAUAUGUAGGCACACGUGUCACGCAAAGAAAGCACUU